AGUUGCGGUUCACCUCUCAAACGCCACAGACCAUCCUCUUGCACACAGCGAAUUUGCAAGAAAAGUUAAUCUCUCAAGAAAUUCGAGGCAUUUCUCUGUCCAUCUAAAUGAAAGCAUCGAUUAGUGCAAUUAAACGGUGCGUGAUGAUUUUCAAAAAAGAUCAUUAUUGUAAUUUAAUUGUGUUACAUAAGAUUUGGUGAAAAAAUGUAGUUUAAUUUCCCCGUUUUUAUUUUCCUAGAGACUGCGUGUGUGUGUUUUCUUCUAAAAAUUUAAUAAAAUAUAUAAGUAGAAUAGAGGAGAGGUUCUUAAGUGCUUAAAUCCGUUACAUCAAAGAUUUGUUUAGAAAAGUGUGUGCAAUAAGUGUGUGCAAUAAAGUGGAAUACUCCAGCGAUAGUUUAUGUUUUAUGUUUUAUGAUUUUCUACAAAUAAGCAGUUUUAUAGAUUUAGCAUAAAUCUAUUAUUGCGAAAGGGAAUAUAUUGGAAAAACUCAGGACUCAUCAACAUAACGCAAAAUGGAUAUUAAAUGGAUUAUUUUACAAAUUUUGUGGAUUCUAAUGGAAUAUUCCUCAAUUAAAGAAGCCUGUGUUUUUCACUCACGACUGGGCUAUGAAUCCGAAUCAGAAGGAGUGCGAUUUAUUAGAGUUAGAGAGGACCUUCCGACAGGUGGGGAAGUUCUUACCCUUCGUGCAUAUCCAAGGAAUUCAGUAAUAUUGAAAAGUAUGGACAGAUCAGCGGAUCACCAUUACUUUAGACUGAGAGAAGUCAAUACGACAACUAUCCAAGUUUUAUUGGAUAAAUCACUAGAAGAUCUUGUUGAUCGUGAUUCACCGCAGAAUCUUGUUAAAUUUAAAAUACAGUGCAGCAGCACAUCAGGGAGGAAUGAUGAUCAAACAUCCUACAUGACCGUUACAGUGUACAUUGAGGAUAUCAAUGAUCAUUAUCCUAAAUUCCAAAAUUUACCAUAUGCCGUGGCCGUUGAUGAAGCAACCCCAAUUGGUUCGACGAUUUUCCACGGAAUCUCUGCAUUUGAUCGUGAUAAGCCGAAUACACCAAAUUCAGAUGUUCAGUAUUCAAUUGGAUUUCAAGAUUUUGGCGUGGGGGGUCCCUUUUUUGCCCUCGAGAGCCCACAUCGUCCAUCGGUUGUGCUGAAGAGAUCCCUUGACUACGAUGAAGGAAUCCGUACGUUUGAUCUUCCAAUUAUUGCAUCUGAUCGCGGAACUCCUGUGAGAGUUUCCAAUACAACCCUAAAGAUAAUGGUAACAGAUCAUGAUGAUUUGCCGCCAAAAUUCACCGAAGGUGUCUAUCGUACGCGAAUAAAUGAAUUCUCACCGUUGACGGGGAAACCAAUAAGGAUCCCACUGUACUUCAAUCCACCCAUCAAAGCAUACGAUCAGGAUUCAAUAAAUUCCUCCCUUGUCUACGAUAUAAUUGCUGGCAAUGAGCGAAAGUUAUUUCGCGUGAAUCCCACCAAUGGAAUAAUUUAUUUGGAAAAAGAAAUUGAUUUGGAGGAAGAAAGUCUCCCGGGGAAUACCUUUGUGCUGCAACUGGAAGCCCGGCAGCGGGAUAACACGCACAAGAGAUCCAUUGCGAGGGUUGAAGUGGAAAUUGUCGAUGUGAAUGACAAUGCGCCGGAAUUUGAGGUUGAUCUGUACAACAUAUCGAUCGUUGAGAAUCUCCCAACGGGCUUCAGUGUCCUCCAAGUGAGUGCCACGGAUCGGGAUCAGGGAGAAAAUGCGGAUUUUAUGUACAAGUUGGCAAAUGAAAAACCCGAAGGGGCUUUCCUCAUUGAUGCCCGCACAGGGUGGAUAACAGUUCGCAACCAAGCAUUGCUGGAUCGUGAAGCCAGGCCAUCGAUCACAAUGAAGGUCCUUGCCGUUGAGAAAAAUCCUCAAAUUUCCUCACGGGAAAAUUCCGAUGGGAGUGUUCAGGUGGAAAUAACUCUCUUGGAUUCAAACGACAACACACCGCAAUUUCAAAUGGGAAAUUUGUAUGAAUUCAAAAUAAGUCUCGAUGCUCCCCUUGGCUUUCUCAUUGGACACGUAACGGCUAAAGAUCCCGACGAGGGGAGAAAUGGUUUGAUUUUGUAUGAUCUCCAGAGGCCACAUGGAACAGGGAUGAUCCCCUUUCAAAUUGACCCUCAAACAGGGGCCCUCACGGUGUCGGGUCAAUUAAAACGCGGAAGAAUUGCCCUGUUCGUGGAGGCGAGUGAUCAACCGGCAAAUCCAUCGGAAAGAAGAUUUUCCUUGGCCGUGGUAACCAUUGAAAUCCUUCGAGGAUCAUUUGAUGGAUCAAUUGAUUUUAUUGGGGCACCAUAUGAAUUUUGGGUGGGUGCCGAUGUACCCGUUGGCACGUCUGUGGGGCAAAUACGAACGACCAUUGAUUGGGAUGCACAGGGGGAGCAAGUUAUGUAUGAUCUCCUGCAUUCCUACUCAGAGGGUGUACCAUUUGCCGUGGAGGAACGUUCAGGAACUGUUACAGUGAUCAGAGAUCUUGAAGAUUUCACGAGGAAUUUCUAUGAAUUUGAAGCAGUUGCCACACAUUACAUUUCCGAACGAUCUUACGGAGAAUUAAUAAGGAGAUCAUCAAAAUCCCAAAAGCAAGUAACCUCAAGUGGGGAGGUGAUUGAAAUUGACGAAGGGGUGAUUUCCGAGAGCAAAAACGUCCUUGUUACAAAUGUAACAAUCCACGUGGUAAGCCCCGAUGAUGAGAAGGGAAUCCUCAUUCGUGGCACAAGUGCAGAUCCAAUUGAAUUUCACGUGCGGGAAAAUCUCGCUGGGACUCUUAUUGGCCAAUUGGUUUACAAUAAGAAUGUCACGAUGAAGAGGAAGAGUAGUGCUGAUACGAGAGUCACCGUGACACCUGUUGCCCUCACCUCGAGCCCUCCACCUACACGUCGCAAGGAUCGUCGUCUAAGUUCGACGAAAUUCACCAAAAAUGCCACGAGCUUCAAUACAAUCCCCAAAUCACGACGAAGGCAUCGCGAUACUGAAUCACAGACCUCAUUUUACGUUGCUGUUGCACCAUCAAUUUUCUUCGAUGAAGAUUUCUUGGUGAAAGAAUCAAUGGGGGUGGAGGAUUACGGGAGAAAGGGGAAGAAUGCAAAUUUGAAUCCUUUAUUAAAUAGCAAAUAUUCGUUAUUUGAUUACGAAUCAACGGGCGCUAAUAAGAGUUCCUACCUUCCGAAGGAGAUAAGGAAGAGAGCACCUGCUGAGAAUCAACGGUAUGAUGUUUUCCCAACAACAACGGAAGUUUCCCCAUCAACCUACAGGCCAAAAUAUAAAAAUUCCGGAGCUGUUUAUGGGAAAAGCUCAAAUUCGGGCAUUGAAACGUACAAGCAGAUGAGUCAAAAUGGGAGUAGGAAUCACGGAUUGAAGUUCUUCAUUGCAAAUCAGCAGGAUGUUACGGAUUUAAUUGCAAUUGCCAAUGAUGGGACGUUAAUGACGGUUAAGGGAUUGGAUCGGGAGGAUAGGGAUACGUACAAAUUGACGGUUAUUGCGGAAUAUUCAAAAGGAUUCAUCAAUGGCGCGGGGAUUUAUCAAGUAACGAUUUAUGUUGAUGAUGAGAAUGAUAAUGCACCGAGGUUUAAUCAUCAAAACUACAUGGGAAUUAUCAAUGAGAACAGCCCCCUGGGGACGAGAGUCCUCAUAAAUCAUCUCAUUGUUGUGAAGGAUGCUGAUUUGGGCAGGAAUGCCCUGUUUAAUGUUCAUCUUCACGGCGAAGGGAGUCAUUUGUUUAAAAUUGAAUACGUCAAUGAGACAACUGAGCAUCACAAUAGGACCUUCCUGGACUCCUAUAGUAGCUUUGUCAAUGCCAUGAAUAUUGGGCAGAGCUUUGCGAGUCUGCGGAUGAUGUUUAUUGAUGCGCUGGAGAAGCCCCAAAAGGGUGAACCGCAUUUCAUUGUCACCUUCCGUGGGCCAAAUGUUCUCGAUCGUGAACGUGAUCAUUUCUACAACCUUAAGAUCAUUGCAAGGGACACAGGAGGGUUGAGUUCAGAGGUCAAACUGGGGAUUUUCAUUGCAGAUGUCAAUGAUAAUGCACCGAUGUUUGAAAAAAUUGCCGUCUUCAAGAAUACAAAUAUUCAAAUUCUCGAAUACACGGAAGAUAUGGAAAUUUAUUUUGUUGAACAAAUGAACGUUGUGGCUAAUGGUACGGCAAAGCAGAAAGCUCCUCCGCUAAAUUACAAAGUAGACGGAGCACCUUAUCCUUCAGCAUUGAGGGAUGGAAUGAAGGAAAUGGUUGAUAGGUAUCAUAUUGGAACACCCAGGCAUAUCAAGCAUAACUACACAAGGCAUGAAAGGUAUCAGAGGCAUUUUAGAUCGUACAACAGUACAACAAAGCGUCAAGCAAGGAAGGAGAUUGUUAGCUCCUCGCCACUCUUUAGUAUCCUCGAAAGUGCUCCCGUUGGGCAGUACCUGAUAAAAAUGACUGCAGUUGAUGAGGAUUUUGAUGCAAAUUCUCAGGUUUUCUAUGACAUUGUCUCGGAGGAUUUCACCACGAAGAAGCAUCAAAAUGGAAAAGUUGUUCAAUCCUCAACGGCUCCGUUCUUUAACAUUGACAAACAUUCAGGUGAGGUGAAGAUUAAUCGACCUCUGCCAGCUGAAACAGAAUUCAGGCUCAAUAUAUCCGCAAAGGAUAUUGGAAAUUUAGCUGAUUACACCGUGAUCCGAUUUCAAGUAUUGGACGUUAAUGAUCAUGCCCCAAUCUUCCUAAAAUCCUGGUACUCCUUUGACAUUGAAGAGGGACACUACUCCAACACUCGCGUGGGGAAAGUUGAUGCAAUUGACGAGGAUUUUGGGCAAAAUGCCAACAUAACUUAUGGAAUUCAAUCAGAUGAAAAAAUCCCUUUCUUCGUCCUCCCACACAGUGGUGUAAUAAUCGUUACAGGUAACAUAGACAGGGAAAAGAAGGGAAUUUAUGAAUUUAAAAUAAUUGCAAUGGAUAAUGGGGAGAAGGACACGAGACUCUCCUCGUAUGUUGAUGUGGAAAUUAAUGUUCUGGACUUGAAUGAUAAUUCCCCCGAAUUCACGGGGUAUGAUGAAAUUUUCUACUUUGAUCCCGAUGAUAAAACCACCGAUCGAAAGCUCAAUGAACUCUCAACACUCACGGAAGGAAAUGCCCAAAAUGCAAAUGCCAAUAAACUCCCAAUCUACAAAGCAUACCUCAGCCGUAGCACAGAACCUGGGACAUUUGUAAAACAAGUAAAUGCAGUUGAUAAGGAUUUGGUGGUUAAUGGGAAUGGCUUAAUAAUGUAUUCGUUGCAUCACAAUAAAUUGCCAUAUAUGUUUGAAAUUGAUUCGCGCGAUGGUAUAAUAACAACCCUCUCGAGAUUCAAGACCUUCUACGGGUAUGAGCACAUAAAUCUCACUGUGAUUGCCUCAGAUUUGGGUAGUCCAUCGCGGUCCUCAACGGCCCUUCUCCUGAUAAAUCUUCAAGGAGAAGAAGUUUUUGAUGAAAAUACCGAAGAUAAUUAUCUCUUCCCCCACAAAUACUACGAAGUAGAAGUUGUGGAAAAUAACGUGGCACCAAUUGCAAUUCUUCACGUUAACAUAUCACAGCAGUACCGGAAGGAUACAUUCAAGUGGUCAAUUGUACCGGAAAUGGAAAUUCUCAAAAUGGACGAAUUUAAAAUUGAUCCCAACAAUGGAACACUCUGGCUGACAAAAUCCCUCGAUAGGGAAACCCAGGAUGUGUACAAGAUUAAAGUAAGAGCAGAUAGAUUGUCAAGAGAAGGACGAAAUGCACCAUCAGCAUCAAUGACUUACCCCGUUGAGGGGGAUAAAGUCAGGGGGUUGCAUUACAAUGAAAUAAGAAUUGUCGUUCGCGUUACCGAUGAAAAUGAUAAUGCCCCCGUAUUUAUGGGUAAUGGACGACCAAUUGUUGCUGUAAUUCCGAAUACUGCUAAUUUUGGUUUCCCCGUAACACGAAUAUUGGCCACAGACGCAGAUGUCGGUAUAAAUGCAGAAAUCCGAUAUACCCUCUUGAAUGAGCCAUCGAAUCUCUUUGGGAUUGAUGCCGUAAGUGGAAGAAUUCGCGUUCUAGGCCCGGUUAACAAGAGCAAUCAACGUGUUUACGGGUUUGAUGUGAAAGCCACGGAUUUAGCUGGUGGUGACAAUGGCAAAACAACCAUAGCAAAUGUAUUUGUCUACGUUCUCGAUGAACAUCGGCAGGUACGUCUUGUUCUAGCCGGAAGUCCCAUUGAUGUGGAGAAGGAAGUUGAUUCCCUCACAAAGACACUCAGUGAUGCAACAGGUCUUGAUGUUCGUGUCCGACUCCUGGAGCCACAUACGGGAAAAGCUGAACAGUCAACUGACGUCUAUUUGUAUGCUGUUGAUCCAAAAUCAAAUUCUGUGAUUGAUAUGGCGGAUCUUCAAGAAGCUGUAGCUACAGUGGACAUGUCAAUUCUAAUGCCCUCAAUUCCCGUGCUAGAGCUCACACAAUUGGGCAACAAUGCCCAUGGAUUAACUCAUUCCAAUACGCGUAUUAGUGCACUUAAUGGACCCGAAUUGGCAUCCAUUAUACUAGCUGUUGUGAUUUUUGCCGGUGGUUUAACUACAGCAUUUUGUAUUCUAUGUGUACGGUAUAAACGCCAUAGAACUUUGCCACCAGAAGCGAGCUACACAGCAGGACGUGGAGGUAGUAGUACGUUGCUCACAAAGUCAACAACAUCUUAUGUAACAAAUAGCAAAAAGCCCCCACCGCCACUUCCUCCCACAGGGCCGAAGUACUACAACGCCCCCAAUUCCAGAGAACGCCAGAGAGAAUACGUUGACGUACCUUUACCACAAUCAGUUCUUAAUGCUAAUUUCAACAUUCUUGAUCAUGAAACAAGCUGUUUGCGCUUCAAUCAACUCCACAGUGGACAUCAACAGAACAAUUUAGACAAUGCAGGACAUUCAUUACACUCCAGUGGACGCGAUUCAGGGCUUGAUUUAUCGAGAGAACGCAGCGAUACCCCAUCACGACAGCUUCAGCAAAUUCAGGCAGUUGAUGAUCACAAUGCACGACUUCUUGAGAGGAAUCGAGAAAGGAAGAAUAAGUGUCAAUGUGGGCACAAUGAACUGAAUGUAUGCAGCGGAGAAGAAAGCAGUGAUAGCUAUGAAGAUUCCCUAAAAAAUUGCCAAUUAUCACGAAGAACAUCCUUCCCUAAAGCCCACAUAUUCAGACGAAGUCUCACAAUAACGGGCAAUGUCAAGAAUAGAGGGGUUAGACAUUCCUUUUCAGGUGUAAGGGAUGACCUAAUACAGGAUUCACCUGGUCCACUUCAGCGGAAUCAUCAUGGAAAUAAUAUUCGAAAUUCAAUGACGGAUCUUGAAGAGAGACUGAGAAAUCUCGAGAUGACCUUUCGGGAACCUUUUAUACUGAAUAACAAUUCAAUUUGUUAGCCAAUAAAACAGACCAAAAUAAUAAAAUUGUCAACUUUUGUACUAUGUAUGUAUCUAUAUUGAGAUUAAAAAGAAAAUUCCUUAAAGCUUUUUUGACUGCUACGUUGGGAAAAUUGAGGGAAAUUCAAAGAAAAAGAAUGUUUGAAGAAGAAUUUAUUUUUUUAUACUUCUAAAUGCUUACAAUGUAAUAAAUUUAUGUACAUACAUAUAAUGAAAUAUAUAUUUUUUGUACAGUGUAUUCAUGCAUAAAA